UUUGACAUUGCGAUACCGGAAGUAGCUGACAGCGGCGCGUCGCUGUGUUUCUGAUACUGAAGCGGCGAAAACAACUACAACGAUGACAUCUGUCAAUGAACUAACGAAAUAACCUGCAGUCAUAAAUUAAAUACUUACAUCCUGGAUGGGAAUCCGGUCGAGAGCUAAAUUUGAAUCCCGACGAACAAAGCCAGAAGGAUGGACAGCUCGCCGACCGCCCAUCCCAGCGUCAACUCCGUGUACGGGGAGGAGGAGGACUGCGAGGACCCGGAGCGGACCUACGACGGCGAGCCGCUCCUGGGCAACGAGCAGUCGACGACGGCGGGGCUGCCGCUGGCCGCAAGGCACAGCCCCAAGGACGCCUACUGCCUGGUGUACAUCUCCUUCUUCCUGAUGGGCAUCGGUUCCCUGCUGCCCUGGAACCUCUUCAUCACCGCCAAACACUACUGGAUGUACAAGCUGAGCAACCACACUGCCGGCCGGGAGGCCCGCUCCGACCUCAUCGACUACUUUGAGAGUUACCUGUCCAUCGCAUCUACGGUUCCCUCUGUACUGUGUCUGAUUCUCAACUACCUCCUGGUCAACAGAGUCUCCCCGCGAACGCGCGUCCUGUCGUCCCUGGGCGUGAUCCUGCUGCUGUUCGUCCUGACCACGGUGCUGGUGGAGGUGGACGUGUCGGAGCACCAGCGGGAGUUCUUCGCGGGCACACUGGCCACCGUGGCCGUGGUCAGCGGCGCCUCCAACCUGUUCACCGGCAGCGUGUUCGGCAUCAGCGGCCUCUUCCCCAUGAGGAUCUCCCAGGCCCUCAUAUCAGGUCAAGCCAUGGGCGGCACGCUGACCGCUGUGGCAGCCAUCCUGGACCUGGCGGCCACGGAGGAGGUCACGGCCAGCGCCCUGGCCUACUUCCUGACCGCAGACGUCUUCAUCAUCAUCUGCAUCGUCACAUACCUCCUGCUGCCAAGGCUAGCCUACGCACGACACUACAUGUCACUGGCCAAGUGCAGCGGGCCGUGCCCCCCCAGUGGGGGGACCCCCGGGGGCCCGUCCCCGGCCAGCAGCAGCAGCAGCAGCGUCUCUGUGCCCCCGCUACUGCCCAUCCUGAGGAAGGUGUGGGUGCUGGGCCUGAGCGUCUUCUACGUCUUCUCCGUGUCCAUCAUGGUGUUCCCGGCGCUCUCCUCGGGCAUCCAGUCGGUGGACAAGGACUCGGGGAGCCCCUGGACCAACACCUACUUCGUGCCCCUCAGCUCUUUCUUGCUCUACCAGACUGCGGACUUCUGCGGGCGGCAGGUGACGGCCUGGCUGCAGGUGCCUGGUCCCACCAGCAGGGUACUGCCCGCCCUGGUGCUCUGCCGCACCCUGCUACUGCCCCUCUUCAUGUUCUGCAACUACCAGCCGCGGGACCACCUGCACACGGUGCUGUUCGACAACGACCUCUACCCCAUCGCCUUCAACUGCCUGCUGGGCCUCUCCAACGGCUACCUGGGCACCCUGCCCAUGAUCUACGGGCCCAAGGUGGUGCCCCGGGAACUGGCCGAGGCCACGGGGGUGGUCAUGUCCUUCUUUCUCACCCUGGGGCUGGCGGUCGGCUCGGCCUUCUCAGUGGUCAUCGUACACAGCAUUUGAAAAGACAAGAGGGGACUCGUACUUACAAGAGCCGUUCUGAAAUGGUGCUGUGGCACCCCCUGCUGGACUUUAAUGGAACACAAAUAGUUUUUAGCACGGUACACGUGUGUAUAUAGUUUAAUUGUUAAAUUUAGUUGCAGAUUCAUGGUGUGAAGACAGAGUGCCUUGUAAAUAAGUUAUGACUGGGAAUUCAGCACAAAGUCAAACUACAAAGUCCAUUUAUAUUGUCUGCUCCUAUGCCAGGCUUUAGAACCUCUUGAUGGUGAAGGUCCUUAAAUGUAGCAUUAAUUAAGCAAAGCAUUUAAGUAAAUGUUGGUACAUUUCAUAUUGUGGGGUUAUGUUUUAAUGAUUGACAUGUACUUGCCCGUUUUAUAAAGAUAUUUUAAGUACAAAGUUAAGUCUUUGUUAUCGGGAUUCUUACGCUUGGAUUUAAAUGAAAGCAGGUCUUAAGUUUAGUUCUGGUACAACUCGCUGAACAACAAAGAUAAUGCACCCAGUAAUUUUGUAACUAACUUUCAGCUGCAGCCCCCCCCCAAGUAAACUGAAACAGACCCAGGUCAAUUUAGAUAAAGCAGUCUUUUGUCCCUAGGGUCAAAGAACACUUUGCAAAUAAUAGAAGCUGUUAAACAUUAACAUUUUUCCCCACACAUUCUUAAAGCAAAGUUUUUGUAUGAAAUCAGACAAUGGUCAAAGUGUUAAAAAGAUGUUCUGAAAGUCCAAUCCAAUCAUUUUAAUUCAAGUGUUAAAAUUUAAACCAAUCACCUCAAGAUAAGACGCCUCCACUGAUGAACGAACAAGAUUCUUACAGUAAGUCAGAAAUCAAAUAUACACAGACUGUUGCAGGAAC